AUGUCUCAAUCUAACUUUGGCUCUGGUAUCGCAGUUGCCGCCUUUGUUGCGGUGAUGUAUGAUUGGGCACUCACAUUCGGACAAGAGGUCGAACUCAUCUGGACGAAGGCAACGCUGGUCCCUAAUGACAGUGAUGUAUCUCAGUGUGCGCUACCUUGGGAUCCUAUCUGCUGCUCUGUCCAUGGUUUGAUGAUGUACACUGUAUGGGAUUGUACGGUUGCUGUGGUAUUUGCGAUGUUGUGUGUCAUCAUCAUCACUCGGUUGCAUGCCAUGUAUCAACGAGACAGAAAGAUCCUGCUAUUUCUUGUUGUUACCUUCCUGGCGAUCAACACUUUUGCUGGAGUGACAGCCGUAGUGUCAACGAUGCAUACUUCAGGAGAGGAACUUAUUCUCUCCGGCACCUAUAUGUGCAAGAUUAGCUAUACAGGAGAUGCCCUAGUUCUGGAUUCUGCUACUUGGAUGCUCUACAUUGUGUGGGAGGUCCUUGAACUAUGUCUUGCAGUCUUGAUUACGGUAAAACGCUUCCGUGAACUGCGACAACAUUCGGCAGGAGGGUUUAUCGGGGACUGUUUUACGGUGUUGAUGAAAACUCACGUGGUUUACUUUGCGAGCGUUGUCGCUGUUUCGUGUUUCGCCCUCAUCCUUGAUUUCUAUCCAACAUUAUCAACAAACCGAUAUCUCCUAGAAGAUCAGACUUUGUAUGGCUUGUUUCAGAUUUUGGAGGUCGUGAUGUUCGUGCUAGGACCACGGCUGAUCCUUAGCAUCCGAGAAUAUAAUGCUGAACUCAUGGUUGACUCUGACGCAGCAACCGGCAUGACCUCAAUCGUUUUCCAGGAGCUAUUUUCAGCACUCACAUUCGGACAAGAGGUCGAACUCAUCUGGAGGCAACGCUGGUCCCUAAUGACGGUGAUGUAUCUCGGUGUGCGCUACCUUGCAAUCCUAGUUGCUGCCCUGGAUGUCCUACACCAUCUCGCUGACAGAUACAUGGGUGUGGUUCUUUGCUUACUUCUCGGUCCACUAAUGGCUGCACGCUAUACUACCAAAGAUGUGAGUUGGAUGAUGUACAUUAUGUGUGAAUGGACAGGUCUUGUGGUUUUUGCGAUUGUGUGGGCCAUCACAAUCACUCGGUUGCAUGCCAUGUAUCAACAAUCCAGAAAGAUUCUGAUAUUUCUCGUUGUCGCCUUCCUGGCAGUCAGCACUUUUGGUGGAGUGACAGUCUUAAUGUUAACGAUGCAUACUUCAGGAGAGGAACUCAUUCUCUCCGGCACCUACAAGUGCACGAUUGGCUAUACAGGAGACUCGGAUACCCUAGUUCUUUAUUCUGUUAUUUGGAUAAUCUUCAUUGUUUGGGAGGUCCUCGCACUAUGUCUCGUAGUCUGGAUUGGGGUAAAACACUUCCGUGAACUGCGAUUACAUGCGGCAGGAGGGGUUAUCGGGGACUUUUUUACCGUGUUGAUGAAAGCUCACGUGGUUUACUUUGCGAGUUCUGUUGCUGCCUCUUGCUUCGCCCUCAUCUCUGAUUUCUAUCCAAUAUCAUGGACGACCCAAUCUCUCCUAGAAUAUCAGACUUUGUCUGGCUUGUUUCGGAUUUUGGUGGUCGUGCAGAUGUUCGUACUAGGACCACGGCUGAUCCUUGGCAUUCGAGAAUAUAAUGCUGAACUCCUGGUUGACUCCGACGCAACCGGCAUGACCUCGAUCGUUUUCCAGGAGCGUGUGCAUAUAUCUACUGGCAGUAGUGUGUAA